CUUGCCCGGGCCAUCCGUCAUGUUCACGGGAUGGGCGUGAUCCACCGAGACGUCAAACCCGCCAAUGUGCUGGUGAAGAAGAACGGGGUUGUCAAACUCUCGGACUUCGGCGAGGCCCGAUUGCUGUCCAGCGACCAACAGGCAAUGACAUUGGUAGGGACAAACGGUUUCAUCGCGCCAGAGAUUUGCAAGGGGCUACCUUACGGCUCUGCCUGCGAUGUAUACAGCUUCGGCUGCACUUUGCUUGAUUCGCGGUCCGGU